GGUCGGGAGUUCUAAGCUCGGAGUGGUGUAAAGUCCCCGCGCUUCCCUGCAGGAGAGCGAGGCGCGCGAGCCCUCAGUGUCUUCUAGAAAGUGAUUGAGAGCGGAACCCCCAGCUGGCCUGGGACCUGCGGGUGCGGACUCGCUCUCGGGGAGGAGAAGCGGCGGAGAGCAGGACUCUUGCACUUGCUCAGGAGAAGCAGGAGAAAAUGACCAAGUUCCAGGAGGUGGUGACAUUCAAAGAUGUGGCUGUGGUCUUCACCGUGGAGGAGCUGGAGCUGCUGGAACCGUCCCAGAGGAAGCUGUACCGAGAUGUCACCCUGGAGAAUCUCAGGAACCUGGUCUCUGUGGGAUAUCAGUCCUUCAAAUUGGAUAGGAUAUUACACUUGGGGAGAGAGGAGAAGCUUCAGAUGACAGUGACAGAAACCCAAGGAGGUGGAUGUUCAGGACACUGGAACCAAAAUGAGAUAGAGACUCUUCAAAAAGUUGGAUUAAAGAACCUUUUACAUGGAGACCUUGUGUGCUGGCAAAUAUGGGAACAACUUCUAAGGAAGUUAACCAGAAAUCAAGACUUGAUAAUAAAUCUGCAAAGCAAGGAGUCAGGUUUGCCAAAACAAGGUGAUUCCUUCUGUCAGUUGUGGGCAGGGGAAUCUACUCAGGCUUCUGAAGAUGAGAAAUAUGUAAUAAAGCUUCAAGGGGAAGUUCAAAAUUUCAACAGUAUGAAAAACCAAGAGUUUCCUGUGAAGACCACCCAGAAUUGCCAGAAGAAAAUGUAUCUGAGAGAGUCAGAGAAUGACCAGAAUAGGUGUCAGCAGGGUGACAGCAGAUGUAAACUGUGCAAGUGUGAGCACUGUGUUAGGAGAAGGGCCUCUCAUUACCAUGGUGAUGAUCAGAAAGUGCAGAAAGGUGAGAUGUCUUCUAGCCACAAGAAUUGUGGGAAAGACUUCAUGAAGAAAUCAUUUCAACACAGUGUAAUCCACUCAGAAGAGCAUACCUCUGCUGAAAAUGGAAAAGGCUUCAGCCUCAGCCCCAAUCUUGAGCUUCAUCAGCAUUUGCACCUGGGAGCAAAACCUCAUACAGCUAGUGAGUUUGGGGAGGGCAUCUGUUAUAGCUCAGAGCUUUGCAAUCAUCAAAGUGUUCACACAGAAGAGAAUUGCAAUAGGAAUGAUGAGUGUGGUGAGGACAUCAGUCAGAGUUCACAUCAACAAAUUCAUCAACAAGUCCACACUGUAGAAAAGCCCUAUAAAUGUGCUGUGUGUGAGAAGAGCUUCAGUCAGAGUUACCAUCUUCAAAUGCAUCAGCGAGUUCACACUGGAGAGAAACCCUAUGAAUGUACUGUGUGUGGGAAAAACUUCAGUCGGAGUUCAUACCUUCAAGUUCAUCAGCGAGUUCACACUGGAGAGAAACCCUACAAAUGUGCUGUGUGUGGGAAGGGCUUCAGUCAGAGUUCGUAUCUUCCUGCCCAUCAGCGAGUCCACACGGGAGAGAAACCUUACAGAUGUGCUGUGUGUGGGAAGAGCUUCAGUCACACCUCAGGUCUUCAAGUUCAUCAGCGAGUCCACACUGGAGAAAAACCCUACAAAUGUGCUGUGUGUGGGAAGAGCUUCAGUCAGAGUUCACGUCAAGUUCAUCAGCGAGUUCACACUGGAGAAAAACCCUACAAAUGUGCUGUGUGUGGGAAGAGCUUCAGUCAGACCUCCAGUCUUCAAGCUCAUCGGCGAGUCCACACUGGAGAAAAACCCUACAAAUGUGCUGUAUGUGGGAAGAGCUUCAGUCGGAGUUCAUAUCUUCAGGAUCAUCAGCAAGUUCACACCAGACAGAAACCCUACAAAUGUGCUGUGUGCAGUAAGAGCUUCAGUCAGACCUCCAGUCUUCAAGCUCAUCAGCGAGUUCACACUGGAGAGAAACCCUACAAAUGUGUUGUGUGUGCUAAGAGCUUCAGUCAGGCCCUAAGUCUUCAAGCUCAUCAGGGGAUCUACAUAGAGAAACCCUGUAAAUGUGGCACAUCUGGUAAGAGCUUCAUUCAGGCCGCAAGUCUUCAAGCCAGUCAGAGAGUCUACACUGGACAAAAACCCUACAAAUGUUUUGGUUGUGGUAGGGGCUUUAGUUAA